CAAACGGAUUAGCCGUGUGUAAUGACCAGGAAGACAAUGUGGCAUGGAAGUUGGAUUCACAGCCCUAAUGUUCUGUGUGUAUAAAGAUGAUGUGUCUCCAUUCUGUGUGAAGAUGAUCCAACCAUGAUGUGAAAUGAAUUGUGUGCUCCAGAUUUCUUGAGCUUUUACCCAACAGUUAUGUUUACAUCACUGUUUCAGCCUGUUUUUAUUGUCUGUAACAUUGGUCCUACUGAACCGUAAGAGUGCAACAUUAUCGUGAGCAAAGCUAGACGACAUGUAAGCUAAACAUAAACAUGUGAUUGUGGGAGCGUGUGAUGCAAGCCAUCAGCAUGAAGAGAGAGCUCUUGACGGUUUUCAGUCUGGUGUCCAGUCUGGUGUCCACGGUCUCAACAGCUUGCCUGCCAGCUGAUCUCGCGGCCAGCCGUGUGCGUUAUUUCUACUGCCAGGAGCGUAACCUGCCGAUCGUGUUGGAGACAAGCAGCCGGUUGUCACACCAAGUUGUCACCCACAUCUUGCAGGUGCUGCUAGUGGAGAGGCUGGGCUACAGGGAUGUACCCAUUGUGGAAAAGCUGGACAUGAAUGCCACUGCUAUCAUAGACAGGAUAGCAGGCUGCCAUCAAUCCAGUUGUCGUCAUGAGCUGAUGGAUGAGCGAGUCAUACCAGAGACGAUGGUGAACAUCGGCGUGUGGUUACCAGCGGGCUUCAGCAAAUCGCAGUGGACAGAGCACAAGAGAAUAGUAGAUUGUGGCCCUUUAGGACCGUUUGGGAGGCUGGGAUGGUUCAUGUCCACUAAUGAUGUGGAGGAUUUUUGGAACUUAGGAGUUAUCGCUGACCACUGGAGAGCACUCAAACUCCAAGAUGUCCUCAUGCGGUUUUCUCUGGGGAAAGAAGAGAUGGAUGAGAUCAGAGUGUUGACAAAGCGAGAGGGCUCCGAUGAGCCACAGUGUAACUCUGCUGACUGUGAGAAUGGAAUGUUUUAUGGACAUAAGUGUAAAGAGACUGGUCGCAAGUGUGCCAUAUUGUUGUCAAGUUAUCCAGCCAUAGACCAAGGUGUGCUGAUUUCUCAGGUGAGACUGCUGGAACUUCCCGUCAUCAUCGUCUGGAUUGGACCCCAUCUCUCACCUUACAUCCAACAACGAAACCGACAAAAUCUUCCUGUUCUGUUUUUUGACUGGCAGACAAACACGUUAACAUCGUCUGGCAAUUUCACGCGUUUAAAAUUCCCUACCUGUGGUACGGUAGGGACUCAGUUACCUCAGGCCUGCGACUACGAUGUGAAUCAGCUGACUAAAUUAGCCUGGUCUAAAAUAAAAGCGCGGGCCCCUGCUGCCUUCCACCUGCUGUCUCACAUGAGCCUCACACAGGAGCAGUACAAAGAAAUAGCUCUUGAGUACAAUGAGAACGAGGGGAAGAAGACCAUUCCUGAUCUAGCCUGUGAUUGGAUAAAAGCUAAUCACCACAUAUGGAAUAAGUGGAUCUCCAAAGACUGGUCAGACAAGACAAACGUCUUGCUGGGUGGAUUCUUCCCAAUAUCUGGCCAGUAUCUUUCCCAGCCAGGGCUGGUACAGGGGGCCAAGAUGGCCAUUGAGCUGAUCAACAAAAACAGCAGUAUUUUACCUCAUCACAACCUGGACAUCAUUGUCAGUGACACCCACUGUACCCCUGAUGUGGCCACUAAAGCCUUCAUCAAGUACAUCACCAGUGACCACAAGGCCAAACUGGCUGGGAUUCUAGGACCAGCAUGCUCAGAUGCAGCUGAACCUAUAGCAGCUUUGGCCAAACAUUUCAACAUGAUCACCGUAAGUUAUGAGGCAGAGGCCAUGUCACUGGCAGACAGAACGCGCUACCCUUACUUCUUCAGGACUAUACCUCAAGUCUGUAGACAUAGGUUUGUGUAUGCUGAUUUUUUCCGUAAGAUGGGUUGGAAACAGGUGGGUACUCUGUCUGAGAGUGGUCAGGAGCUGCCUGAGUAUCACAUCCUGCUGCAGGACUACCUUAGCAUUAAGGGCAUCACCAUCGCUGUCAAGAGGAAGAUACUGCGGGCAGCACAAACAUUUGAUCUCUCACAGGUGUUUGCAGAGAUAAGAGAGAAGAAUGUGCGCGUGAUCAUCUGUGACAUGUUUGAACCUGCAGCAAGGGCGGUCAUGUGUGAAGCAUAUAGACAGAAAAUGACAGCAUAUGAAGGCUAUGUGUGGUUCCUGCCAGCUUGGUUCAGCGAGGAGUGGUCCGAUGUGGACUACUUUAACAGGAGGCCCAACACAGGCGAUUCACAACCUCAAGAAAACACUCCCUGUAGCACGGAGCAGAUGAACCGUGCCAUUCAGGGUCAUUUUGUCUUGUCCAAAGCAUUUUAUGAUGGUGACAACACGGAGGUUGUUGGUGGACUGACAGUCAAUCAGUACCGUCAGGAGUACGAGAAACGUGUGGGCAGAGAGAAUGUUGACAGCACCCCGUUUGCCUCGUACGUCUACGAUGCUGUAUGGACCUGGGCCUUCGCAUUGCACAAACUAUUCUUAGAACAGCCUAUUGCUAUAGAGCACCUGAACACCAAAAAUACCACGGAGGCAUUAAUGAGAGCCAUGACCAAGACCAACUUCCAGGGAGUGACAGGCUGGAUUUCCUUCAAGGGAGCAGACAGAAUAGGCAUUUUGACCAUUGAACAACAUUUUCUAAAUGGCACAAAUCUUGUGGGUCGCUACCUCCCAGACACGGUCUCGGAUCAAGGAACUCUUCAGCUGGAUGAAGACAAAAUAGUGUGGCUGACUGGGAGUCGGCCGCAUGAUGGGCGGCCAGGUAGUGCCAUUAAGCCUCACAUGCAUGAUCCUGAUCUGUGCAGUGUUGAGCCUCUCCGUUUACUGCUGAACGUCAACUGUGAGUCGGCCAUCAUCAUUCUCAAUGUCGUCUGUCUAGGCAUCUUCAUCAUCAUCACCAUUAUUCUGCUGCUUGUCCUGAAAAGAAGGUAUGAUGCAAAGGUAAAGGCCACUCAGGAUCGUAUGAAGGAACUUGGCCUUUUGCCAUCAGAUUUAUCUGCUUACCUGUCACUGGAUGAAUGGGAGAUCCCGAGGGAUCAGGUUGUGCUCAACAGACGCCUCGGGGAAGGGGCCUUUGGAACAGUGUAUGGAGGAGAAGCUUAUUUUUCUUCGGAUGGGUGGCUGGCAGUUGCUGUGAAAACUUUAAAAAUUGGUGCGAGUAUAGAAGAGAAGCUGGACUUCCUGAGCGAGGCUGAACUGAUGAAACGCUUCAAGCACGCAAACAUUGUGCAGUUACUGGGCGUGUGCACAAGGGGCGAGCCAGCGUAUGCCAUCAUGGAGUUCAUGUUACAUGGUGACUUGAAGACCUAUUUGUUAUCGCGCCGUAAUCUUGUGGGUCAGAACAGUAAAGAGGCUGAGGAUGUGACUGCAAGACGGUUGACUCAAAUGGCUUUAGACAUUGCUAAUGGGAUGAAGUAUCUUCAUGAUUUCAAAUACGUUCACAGGGACUUGGCGUGUAGAAACUGUUUGGUUCAUGGAAGUAAGACUGUGAUGAUAGGUGACUUUGGCAUGACACGCCCAAUGACUGAUGCUGAAUAUUACAGAUUUAACAGAAAAGGGAUCCUGCCUGUACGGUGGAUGUCCCCAGAGAGCUUGUGUGAUGGUAUCUUCACCUCCAUGUCUGACAUAUGGAGUUACGGGGUGCUGGUCUACGAGAUAGUCACCUUUGGUAGUUUUCCUUACCAAGGUUUGUCUAAUAACCAGGUGUUAGAGUAUGUGAAGAUGGGCAGUAAGCUGACCCCUCCUGUCAACUGCCCUGAGCUGCUGACAGACUUUAUCAGUCAGUGUACAGAGUUCAACCCUUAUAAGAGGCCUAAGGCAGAAGAAAUUAUAGAAAUCUUGUCGAAAGAGAAGGAGUUCCUUCAGCCAACCCUGGACGCUCCUAGCAGUGCUGUGGUCAUGGAGUGCACAGACAGUGUCGAAAUCAAAUCUUCCAAUCAAAACACUGUGACGCGUUCAAGCACGCUUAACUUCCCUAUAAACAUCAAACGUUCGUCGAGUUCUCAGGAACGGCUAGCCCUUCUGAGGAGCAAUUUGCAUGUGCCACCUCACUGUGUAAGAGUGUCGCAGGCCAAGUCGGCCUCGCCGCGCUCCACCCUCACUGAGACAUCCACGCCUGACAGACAGCGCCGACACAGCAUUGCUACGUUGCUUCACACCCCACGCAAUAGCAUGUCCCCCAGCCAGAGCCAGACCCAACUCCUGCCUCUCCUGGGCAGUGGCAGUGUUACAACAACAACACCCCGUACCCCUCCUCCACAGGCAGCUCCCCCUAUCUACCAGGCGGACAAGGGAGACAACAGCAGCGACUACUUCAGUGAUAACUCUAAGGAGAUGUGCCAGGCAAUAACAACAGUUUGAGGAUAUUACACUGGCUGUAAUAUAGUCCUUAAGAAGUGAUGAUGGUAGAGUUGAAGAGUUACACGUAGAGUGGUAUUGCAGGAGGGAUGAGUGAAAAGAUUAAGGGAAAUACUGUGUUAUCAGGAAGAAAGCACAGGUAGUGAAAUAUUGUAGUAUUAAACAUGCUGUAGGUGAAAAAAAAACCUGGCUGUUAAAUACAGUGGUCUGCAAGGAAAAGUAUGUGAGCUUUUUAGCAGAUGUACAGUUAAAAUGAGAGAAGGUGAUGCACUGAUGCAUUUGAAGAAGAAGUGUUGCUGUAGAUACAUAUGCUAGGUGACACAAGGGAGAAUGUAAUGUGGUUUUAUAGUACUGAUGGUGGAGAGUGAGGAAGCACAGGGGUGUUUUAGAAAUAUGAGGUGACGGACAGUGGUGUCAAAGCCAGAGAAGGUGGGAAAGACGAAAAGAGUUGUUCGUGGUGUUAAUGAGAAUGACAUUGAAGUACAAGGGUGUUGUUCAUGAGAGCUGAACAAAGAAAAAUGGUGUUAAAAAGGAGAAACCAGGAGGAAAACAUCCACAGUGCUGUCAGGUCUAAAAUUAGGUUAAGUACUGUGUCAAGAAAAUGGUGGCAAGGGGGUAGCUAGGGGGCAUAGUGGUAUCAAGUUGAAAGUUAGAUGGAGGGUAAUGGUGCCAAGCGAGUCAGCAGUGUCAAGGUGUCAGGUGAGCUGGUAGAGCACGGUGAUAGAGUGGCGUCCAAACAGGGUUGUGGAGCACAGCAGAGCCCAGGUGACAAGGUGAAGGACAAUCACAUUAAGAGCUGGAAAGGUCAUGUAGAGAGCAGUUGAAGGGAGAAGAGUGGAGUAUUAAAGACAAACUGGGUGUCAAAGUGAGGCUGGACGAACUGUGCCCAUGUGAGGGCGUAUCAGGUCUCAAGGCUUGGACAAGCAUAGAAUGAAUUCCUACGUUGAGUUUAAAGGGCAUUAUUUAUUUGUGUGUUAUUUUUUGUUUUGAUUAUUUCUUUGGGAAAGAUCUGGAUAAUUCUGUAUGUCUAACUUGAGCUUAUUAUAAUUAAGAAAUCAGAUGUCACAAACAAGGCUGUGUGUAUGAACUACAUGUAUGUAGCCCACUCAUACAGUUUGCAUCAUGUCCUGAUUACAGAUUUCAGUGUGUUUACAUGUAUUGCUUUUGAUGUACUCGGAAACGCUACUUCUUUAGGUAGAACAGAAACGGCAAAAGAAAGAACAUUUUAUUUGAUAAGCUCUGUUCAGGUUUUAUUUAGGCUAAACAUAGAAGUGGGUCCUAUGUGUUUUUCCUUAUCCACUCUCCCUAACUUGAGAGGCCUGUUAGGACACUGAUGUCC